UCUCCUGCCUCCCGCUCAGCUCUGGGUGUCUGCGCUGCGGCUGCGGCUGCUGCCGGGCGAAGCGGGAGUCCCGAGGCGAAGGCAGGGCUGGAGCUGCUAGCGCCUCUGGGCUUCAGCGGGGUGAGCAAGGCGGGCUAGGUCCUGCAAGCAACCCCCCAGCUCGCAGCAGCGGCUUUCAGCUGCAGGAGUGGAAGCCCCCUUAGCCCUUCCACGCCUCCCCUUGGCUGGAGAGAAGCGGCGAAUGAAGUGAGGAUGGUUAUCCGGGUGUUCAUCGCAUCCUCCUCUGGCUCGGUGGCGAUAAAGAAGAGGCAGCAAGAUGUGAUACGAUUUCUGGAAGCCAACAGGAUAGAUUUUGAAGAGGUGGAUAUCACAAUGUCGGAGGAGCAAAGACAAUGGAUGUAUAAAAAUAUUCCUGAGGAAAGACAGCCUGCACAGGGCAAUCCGCUGCCACCCCAGAUAUUUAAUGAUGAUCAGUACUGUGGAGAUUAUGAAUGUUUUUUUGAAGCAAAGGAAAGCAACACUGUCUUCUCCUUUCUAGGGUUGAAACCUAGGUUGGCAUCAAAGGAGUCAGAACCCUAGAAAAAUUCUUUGAAGAUUCAACAAGCACAUCUCCUGGAUGAAAAACUUUGUUGUUCAGCACAUGACUGCUUCCCUAAUGGAUCACUGUGAUAAAAAGCCAAUGUGAAUAAUCAAUAUUUUGCUUGCCACGGAAGAGGUGCUUUCCAAAGGGUGAAAUUAAUGUGUACACAAAAUGGGAUAAAGGGUGAGAUGAUACUCCUUUUUAAAAAAAUGCCCACUCUUGAUGUUUCACAUCUGUCUAUGGAUUACAUUUUCACUGGCUUUGGUAUUCUAGCAAAUAAUCUAUUUAACUCUGAAGAUGGGUGGAUGUUGAGGAAUGGAAGUGUAAAAUCUGUAUUAGCAUUGAAGGGGAUCUGGCAAGUAUGAGAAUCCUUUAUAAAUCUUCAGCUACUGCAGGCUGGAUAAAAUUAGUUUAUCAUGAGCGUUAUAAUUUUGAC